AUGCAUCACAACUGCACUAUUGUUGGGCUGACAGAAAAGGAAGUGUUCACUGCUCAUGAGAUGGUGGGUUGUCUUGAGUUGGGAAACUCUGCACGAACAGUGGGUUCAACAGCCAUGAAUGCAGCCUCAUCUCGCUCACAUGCCAUCUUUACCAUAUCACUGGAGCAGCGACGCAAAGGAGACAAGAGUGAUGUCAUGGUCUCCAAAUUGCACUUGGUGGAUCUUGCUGGAUCUGAGAGACAAAAAAAAACUAAAGCAGAGGGAGAUCGACUCAAAGAGGGAAUCAGCAUUAACCGUGGACUGCUUUCUCUGGGGAAUGUGAUCAGUGCACUUGGUGAUGAAAGCAAGAAGGGAUCCUUUGUGCCAUACAGGGAUUCCAAACUGACACGCCUCUUACAGGACUCUCUCGGAGGAAACAGCCACACCUUGAUGAUUGCGUGUGUAAGUCCAGCAGACUCCAACAUUGAGGAGACUAUCAACACGUUGCGCUAUGCUGACCGUGCCCGUAAAAUUAAGAAUAAGCCCAUUCUCAAUGUUGAUCCACGUGCAGUAGAAAUGAAGCGACUCAGACAGCAGGUGCAAGAGCUUCAGGUGAUGCUCCUGCAUGCCCGUGGAGGUGUUGCACCUGUGCUGACAGGGUCUGAGCCAGCAGAGAAUGUGUCAAACAUCCUGGAGCAGAAUCGCUGUCUGCAAGGUGAAAACAGCAAGCUGAGCCGAGAGCUGAGUGAGGCUGUAGGACAGACGGCUCUUAUGUUUGAAAGGAUCAUCAUGAUGGAGCAGACAAAUGAGAAACUGCAAAGCAAACUGGAGGAGUUGAGGCAGCAUGCAGCGUGUAAGGUGGACCUACAGAAGAUGGUGGAAACCCUGGAAGACCAGGAAUUGAAGGAGAAUAUAGAGGUGAUCCGGAACCUUCAACAGCUUAUCCUAGAACUGCAGGAAAUCUGUGCUGAUCCUCAAGCUAAAGACUCUCCAGAAGCCUACACAGCCCAGCAUGCACUGCGACAGGCUCAGAUGUCGAAAGAACUGAUUGAGCUCAAUAACGUUUUGGCGCUAAAAGAGGCUUUUGUCAAGAAGAUGUGUCAGAAUGAUAAUCAUUUGGAGCCCAUGCAAACAGAGUAUCAGGAGAAUAUUCAAAGUCUGCAGGCUUCGGUCGGCUCUCUGCAGAAAGAGAAGGAAGAUCUCAUCCAGGCUCUGCAGUCUGCUAAGAAGGACACCAAUCAGGCCAAACUGAGUGAACAACGCAGGAAGAGACUUCAGGAGCUGGAAGGUCAAAUCACUGAGUUAAAGAAGAAGCUUCAAGAUCAAUCUAAGCUGCUUAAGCUCAAAGAGUCAUCUGUGCGCAGUCUGGCUAAACUCAACCAGGAGAUUCAGGCUAUGAAGUCCCAGCGGGUGCAGCUCAUGAGACAGAUGAAAGAAGACUCAGAGAAGUUUCGUUUGUGGAAGCAAAAGAAAGAUAAAGAAGUUCUGCAGCUCAAAGAGAAAGAUCGUAAACGUCAGUAUGAGAUGCUAAAACUGGAGAGAGACUUCCAGAAACAGGCCAGUGUACUCCGUCGCAAGACAGAGGAGGCUGCUGCUGCUAACAAGCGUCUGAAAGAUGCUCUACAGAAGAGGAGUGAAGUUGCAGAGAAACGCAAAGAAGUCCAGAACCGUGGAGCAGAGGGUGUCAGCAGUAGAAUCAAGAAUUGGUUGCUGAAUGAAGUAGAAGUGCUUGUGAGCACAGAAGAGGCCCGCCGGCAUCUACAGGACCUGCUGGAGGACAGGAAGAUGCUAGCAGAGGAGAUUUCUCAGCUUCGGCAGCAGAUGGAGGCAGGAGAGAGACCUGUAGCCAAAGUUCGGCGUCGUACACUGACAAUUUCAGAGUUGGAAGGCCAGGGUGAGCUGGAGGCCUCUAUCAGCAAGCAAGUGGAGAGUCUAGAGACAGAGAUGGGGCUCAGGAGUGCUCAGAUAGCUGAUCUGCAACAGAAGGUCCUGGAUGCGGAUAAUGAUGGACGGAUAAAGCAGCGCUGGGAUUCUAUCACAACCAUCGUAGAGGCCAAGAGCGCCCUGAAGAUUCUCAUGGCUGAGGUUGUAGCCUCCAAAGUGGCCAAUGCCAAGCUGGAAAGUGAGCUGAAGCAGGAAAAGGCAAAUCUGCUGGAUAUGCAGAAGAUCUUGUGUGAUGAGCGCAAGCUCAUGUCUUCCAUGGAUAUGGAACAUCAGAGUCAACUGGUAGAAAUGGAGCAGAGACACCAGGAGAAGGUGCUGUAUCUCCUCGGUCAGCUCCAGAGUAAGCCUGUGGCACAGGAGAAACUAAAGGAGCAGCAGGAGGAGGUGUCUAAACGGGAGCACGAGCUAAUGCAGCGUCUAAAAUUUCAGGAAGAGGAAAUUGAAAAACUGCGAGAACUCAAUGAUCAGAACCAGAAACUCAUGGAUGAAAAUGAACAGUACAAGCAGAAAUUACUUCUGGCCCAGCUGACCAGUGCAAAGAAAGUCCUGUCUUCUGUGAAUGAGUCACCUGAUACAUCUUUUGAAUAUGUUCCACCUAAGCCCAAAGCCAAAACCUACUCCACUGCUCGGGCACGUCUGCAAGAGCCUAUAGAUCUUGAUGAACUCAUCAACUCCCUUGAUGAACCGUCAGAGUCAGAGAAAGAAGAGGAUGAGUGGCGUCCAGAGAAAAGCGACAGAGCACGACGAGGCUCUAAGAAGUCAAAAAUGAACGGCUGUGCAUGUCGGGGCCGCUGUGUUAAUAAACUUUGUCGCUGCCGCAAGGGAAAAAUGACCUGUGGGGAAAACUGUCUCUGUGACCAUGAGAAAUGUCGCAACAUGGAGAACCGUAGCAAUGUGGAUCAGACUGAAAUAAGUGAUGUGUCUAAGGACUCUGCUGCAAUUCCUGAGGACCCUACAGCAGUCAGCCCACGAGAUGCUACUUUUUUUAGACCCCCUAGUGUUCCACCUACUAAGAAGGAGAUUGGAGACAUAGGCCACCUGCCUGCAGAUCUGAAGCUUGAAAAGAAACCAGUCCCUGCUGACAACGAGAGUGACAGCGAUGACUCUGAAGUGAUGAACAGCACUUCCAGCUUUCUCCGGAGUAAAAAGAGAGGUCUAAAUAACUUCAAAAACAGCUUUUUCUCUGGCUGCACACCCAUCCGUGAAGAACAUUAGCAUUACAGUAGUAGAAUGUGAUAUAUAAACACUUGCUAACUUGUCUCUUUUUUUCAUGUAGUUUAAAUGUAUGUAUUUGUUUAAAUUGGUAAUUGUAAUAUAGGUUUGUGGAAACUGCCAUUCAUUUGCAAUAAUGAUUAAUGCACUAACAAUAUGAACUGCUCAUGUCAUUGGUUAUUUUAUAGUCUCUUAAGCAAAAUGGCUGUAUGACAUUUGAAAGUCAGGGUUGUAGAUGUUAUUUCUAUUAAAAAUCUAGUGACUUCAAUAAAUGGUUCAUUUUAUUUUUGUUGUUUAUUACUUAACAUUACUAUGUUAAAAUAUCUAAAUACACUAUUCAUUUUU